AUGACAUCAUACCUUCAGGAAGAAGGGAUCCCAGACCAGUGGAAGACCUUGCGAACCGUUCUUUUCCAUAAGAAAGGUGACCAAGAGGACAUUCGGAACUUCCGUCCGAUAUGCUUGCUGAGCGUGUUGUACAAAAUAUUUACCAAGAUCAUCCUCACACGCAUACCUAGGACGCUGGAUGAAGCCCAACCUCAAGAACAAGCCGGAUUCAGUCAGGGGUUCAGCUGUUUGGACCACAUCCAGACCGUGUCAGGGAUCAUAGAGGUUUGCCGGGAAUACCUCCUGCCCCUUGUUCUAACUGUCGUCGACUAUGAGAAAGUCUUCGACAGUGUAGAAACGAAUCCAAUGCUGUCAGCGCUGGUCGAUCAAGGUGUACACGCCUCGUAUCGCCCCCUCACCAUACCCAUUGGAAAGGGGGUACGACAAGGCGAUACUAUAUCGCCGAAGCUGUUCACAGGAGCAUUGCAAUGGGUAAUGAAAUCACUACCUUGUGAAGAAAGGGGCACACGUGUUGAUGGAAGAUUUCUCUCGAACCUUCGUUUCGCGGCCGACAUCAUUCUCUUUUCGAGCAGUACCAAUGAAGCAGAAACGAUACUCCACGAAUUGAACGAAGCAGGACUGCGAAUAAAUAGGAAGAAGACACAGUUCAUAAAGAACGCCUACUGCGUGGACGGAGGAGUACAACUUGAAGGCUUCCAAAUCGUGGAAUCUUCGUCAUACGUAUACCCCGGACGAACAUGGAAAACGACUUGA